AUGGGAGGAAAGGAGCUUAAGUCAAGUGUCAACACACGUGACAAUAUCAUGGACUUUUUAAUCCGCCUGGAAACGUUUCUAAGUAAUACAGAAGCACCAAAUGAGAUCCAAAUUAGGCUUCGUUUGGAAAAGUUAGAGGCAAAGUGGCAUGAAUUCGAGGAAAUACAAUCAGCGAUAGAGGGCACUGAGGAAUAUGAGGAGAACAUCGAUCAAUACCGGCAAGUGAGGGCAGAUUUUGAAGAUAAAUAUUUCGAUGUAAGGGCAGGGUUGGAAAGUCGAUUACCUCGGGAGGUAGCACAAAAUACAGAUCGAACUGUUGUUGAACCGGCGGCUCCUGGUGAGAUUCGCAAUGUGCAUUCGUACGUGCGACUGCCUCCGAUCAACUUGCCAGAAUUCAACGGGCACUACGAAAAUUGGCUUGCGUUCCACGACACUUUCAAAGCUCUAAUCGAUUCUACCCAGGAACUCAGCAACAUACAGAAAUUCCAUUACUUACGGGCAUCUUUGAAAGGCGAAGCUCUUAAACUUAUCGAUUCGUUCCCUAUGAGUGAUGCUAACUACAAGGUUGCUUGGGACAGUUUGGUAGCAAGGUUCUCCAAUAAAUAUUUAUUGAUGAAGCGACAUCUGAACGCGUUAUUCGAGUACCCUAGAAUGCGAAAAGAAACUGCUAUUGGUAUACAUGAGCUCAUCGAUUGUUUCGAACGGAAUACAAAAAUUUUGGACCAGCUGGGAGAACAGACAAGCGGCUGGGGAGCAAUGCUGACACACUUGAUGGUCUCGAAGCUUGAUGACACCAGCCAAAAGCGAUGGGAGGAGCAUGCAACGGGUGUGGAAGAGCCAUGUUUUCCUGUUCUAAUAGAGUUCCUCAAAAGACAAACUCGGGUGCUGGAUGCGGUUUCAGUGGAUCAACUAUGUUCAACUGCAAGCAGUUCGUCUUCAACUAAUUCCUUCAAAUCGGUAAAGGUUUCGGUUAAUUCGGCGACCGAAAACUUUCUACCCAAUUGCAUGGUUUGUAACGAACAGCAUUACAUUUCACGAUGCCCAUCAUUCAACGGGCUACCAUUGGAUGAACGGCUGAAUUUCACGAACUCCAAGCACCUUUGUAGUAAUUGCUUGGGUAGAAACCACCUUGCACGGGAUUGUCCUUCAAAGUAUCGCUGUCGAACGUGUUCGAAGAAACAUCAUUCGCUUCUACAUCCAGGUUUUCCUGGGUCUGGCUCAACUUCUUCCACUUCUACAUCGGAUUUGGCAACGCUUACUGAUACUCCUACUUUCGGCGGGACAUCAAACUCUGGCAAUCCUGGAUCUAAUUCAGAUCCAACCUUUCAUCUAAUGUAG